AUGCGGCUCACCGCGAAGCCCAUCAGCGGGUUUGUCUCAGGAGCCGAUGGAUCUGUAGCCGCGGUGGCGCCAGAGGCGGGUGCUCUUUGGCUGGUGGGGCGCCGCAGCCCUGAGGAGCUCUGCAUCUGGAGCGCUUGGGACUCGACCGGUUUCCCCCCCUCGGAGCUGCUGCCACACGGCCUGGAGGUCUUGGGCCGCUUCGCCCCGGCCGAGCUUCGAGCGAAGGGUGAGGGCUUGACCGCUUGGAGGGACGAGGGCGGCCAGCUCUGCGGGGAAAUCGCUGGCCAGCAGCUAGGCCCCUGCCAGGUGGUGGAGCCCACAGAGGUCCUGGUGCGCAGCUCCCUGGAGCUCCUCCCCACCUCCGAGUUGCCUGAGCUGCGGUUCCUCUUGGGCAACUCCGCGCCCUCGCUGCCAGAGCUGCGCGCCGGAAGCGCCGGAAGCGCCAAGAUGGAGGGCGCGGUAGAGGUUUUGUUUGACUCCGACACCGGGCGCACCAACUUUUUGAGCCUCGGCUCGGAGAUGAUCCCGCCCCUCCGUCUGGACUUUGCGGCCUACGUGGCCAAAGGCGCUUCGGCGGCCCAAGCGGCCGAGCAGCUCACAGCGGCGGCCCAAACGCAGCUGGCGAAGCGCCCAAGCGCGGCGGUGCGGUGCUACCUGCCUGAGACCUUGGGCCAUGCAGUGCUGCUGGGCGCUACGGAGGACCCACUGUGGCGGAAGGAGCUGCACCGCCUGCUGCGGCUCCCGGAGGAGCCGCUGCUACUGCCGGGGGCCGCCCUACCGCUGCCCGGCCAGGCGCACCCAUGCGCCACCGGCAAGCCGACCAACCCCCACAGCUCCUGCGGCCCGCAGCCGGGCUGGUGGAAAGGCUCGCAGGACACCACAGGCCGCGCCUUCGUGCGGGGCCUCUACGAGUACAACCACUACAUGCAGGACAGUUUCGACGACAACGGCUGGGGCUGUGCCUACCGGUCCCUGCAGACCUGCGUGAGCUGGUACCGGUUGCAGCACUACAGCGGGGAGGCGGUGCCCAGCAUCCCGGAGAUCCAACGACUGCUGAAGCGCAUCGACGAGGCGCACAAAGACCUGGAGGUGGGCAGCAAGAAGUGGAUCGGAACCGUGGAGGGCAUGUACCUGCUGCAGGAGUACCUCAAGGUGGACUGCAAGAUGAUGUACUGCCAAGACGCAGCUGACAUGGCCAGUCAGGCCCCGCAGAUGCUCCAGCACCUGAAAACGGAAGGCACGCCCAUCAUGAUGGGCGCCGGGAUGUAUGCCUACACCCUGGUGGGCCUGUGCUUUGACUCCGCCUCUGGUGAGGUCGCCUACCUGAUCGUGGACCCCCACUACACCGGCCAGGACGAUCUCAAGCCCAUUCUGCAGAAGGGCUGGGUGGGGUGGAAGAACUUGGAGUUCUUCGAGAAGAGCACGGAGGGCAGCUUCAUCAACUGCUGCCUUCCGCUGGUCCCUCGGGGCCCCGGCUGCCUCUGA